UAGGUCAACCUCUGAACGUUUUACUUCCUGGUGUUGUGUGUCGUUGUAAAACAGACCUCAUAGAGCUGCUGAAAGGGCAACUACCGAGAAAAGACUGGAUAACGAUAAUAUUCAAUAAAAUGAUGAUGUCAGAGGUCCUGCAGGUCCUGCGUGGGGCUGGUAAAGUGGGUUCUGCCCUUAUCACGACCCAAGGGGAGCAGCUCAGAUUGAUGGCCUGCACCUCUUCAGUGGGAGCAGGAGUCAAAGCUGCUCAGGAUGUAGCCGAAGGGCUGGUGGCCACCUUUAUGGGCAGCACCAAUGAGUCUAUAAAAGAGGACGUCUUUCCGGACGCAGAGGGCUGGGAGAAUGUGGAUCCGGACGAGGCAGCCAAAUGGGCUGUGGGAUCCGAGUUCCCGCCUGGAACUGCAGAGCAAAGCCCAGGAGGAGCAGGACCAACUGCAGGGAUGCACACAGGCUCUGCUCAAGGUGGGACAGGCUGGCCAGGACAGAACGCCCGCUUUCUGCACACCGUCCACAGCCGUCAGCUCUUCUACUGCCAGAGCAGGUCUAUCCAUGACACAGUUGUGGCCAAACUGACUCCAGAGGACAUAAAGAAAGCCAGGGAGGCUAAGCAGGCCAUGGUUAAACCAGUCAGACAGAAGCUGAGUGAGCGUGCCAAAGAGAGGAAGGUUCCUUCCACCAGAAUCAGCCGCCUCGUUAAUUUUGGUGGACUGGCAGUUGGUCUGGGUAUUGGUGCCAUUGCAGAGGUGGCCAAACAGUCUCUAGGAGGGAAACAAAAAGGAGACGUAAGUGCCCUGAUGGACUCGCCCUUCCUGUCGGAGGCCAACGCUGAGAGAAUCGUCAACACGCUGUGUAAGGUCCGGGGAGCCGCUCUGAAGAUCGGCCAGAUGCUGAGCAUACAAGACAACUCCUUCAUUAACCCUCAGCUGCAGAAGAUAUUUGAGAGAGUCCGGCAGAGCGCAGACUUCAUGCCCGCGUGGCAAAUGAACAAAGUCCUGGAGGAGGAACUCGGCCCCGGAUGGAGGGAGAAGCUCUCAUCGUUUGAAGACAAGCCGUUUGCUGCGGCGUCAAUUGGACAGGUGCAUCAUGGGGUGCUGAAGGACGGAAGAGAGAUUGCUAUGAAGAUCCAGUACCCUGGAGUAGCAGAGAGCAUCCAAAGCGACAUAGACAACCUGAUGUCGGUGCUGAGGAUGAGCGUAGCGCUUCCAGAAGGUCUGUUUGCAGACAGCAGCUUGGAGGUUCUGCAGAGAGAACUGGGCUGGGAGUGCGACUAUAAGAGGGAAGCCGAGUGCGCCAAGAAGUUCCGGUCUCUGGUGGAGGGGGACCCAUUUUUCCAGGUCCCAGAAGUGAUCGACGAGUUGUCGGCACGCAGGGUGCUGUCCAUGGAGCUGGUGCACGGAGUUCCUUUGGAUCGCUGCGUAGACCUGGAUCAGGAAACCAGAAACCAGAUCUGUUACAACAUCCUGCAGUUGUGUCUGAGGGAGCUGUUUGAGUUCCGGUUCAUGCAGACCGACCCAAACUGGUCCAACUUCUUCUACAACUCUGAAACCAACAAGGUCAUCCUAUUGGACUUUGGAGCAUGCAGAAGCUACCCAGAAACGUUCACAGAUGACUACAUACAGGUGGUUUAUGCAGCUUCUGUGGGCGAUCGGGACACUGUCCUCUCCAAAUCCAAGGACCUGAAGUUCCUGACAGGCUUUGAGACCAAGGCCUUUAAGGAUGCCCACGUUGAGGCCGUGAUGAUCCUCGGCGAAGCCUUCGCCUCCGCAGAGCCGUUCGACUUCGGCACUCAGAGCACCACACAGCGCAUCCAGAACCUCGUCCCCGUCAUGCUGCGCCAUCGCCUCACUCCUCCCCCAGAGGAGACCUACUCCCUCCAUCGCAAGAUGGCCGGCUCCUUCCUGAUCUGCUCCAAACUGAAGGCCAACAUCCCCUGCAAAGACAUGUUCCUGGACGUCUACAACGCCUACAUGCAGAGGAGGCAGGCCGAGAGGACGGUGCAAGCCAGCGCCUAGACAAGCUGAGGGACACUUCUAACCGUCCUAGGUCUAAGUAUGGAGUAUGGAGGAAGCAGAGGUGAGAAGAAAAAAUAAUGAGGCCAGAGAGCUGGACUGGUCUGUCAUCUGUGAAGGUGCGAGUCAAGCAGAGAUGCUGCUGUAGAGACAAUAAUAUUUAAAAACUGUCUUAUUUUUCUGCUACUGGAGGGAAAAAAAAGGUGGUGGUGAUUAAUAUCACUGAUCAAACCUUUUUUUUUUUCAGUUUUGUCUAAGCAGAAACACUGACACAAGUUCUUUGAAGGAUAUGUAUGCCUUUGUCAUGGCUUGAUGAGAAAAGAAGCCAAUUUAAAAUCCCUGGACUGCAAGGUCAGUCAUAUUUCAGAAGAGAAGCUAAAUCCUACCUGCAGAGGACGUCUGAUGCUGCCGAGUGCUUCCCUUUGCUGGAGGAUGAGUCUGAACAAAGCUUUCACCUAAAUGUGACGCUCACCAGACUAGAUGAGCAGAUUAUGGAGGAAUUAGACAGUCUAAUGGAACCAUGCAGAAUAAUGGCCUUGCAUAUUAAAGUGUACUUGGAUUAAAACUCCUCUGUGCUUAUUUUAAACUCAUCAGCACCACCGUGUCUGAAAAUAAUGUAUUGUUUCCUCGCAUACACGCUUUUGUAUAAAUAAAAUGUACGAUUUUUAGUGUCUCUAUUUAGGUGUUGCCUUUUUUUUUUGAUGCUGGGCUCUGAUUAAAAGCCAAGGUUUUUCCCUUCUUUCCAGAUUGAUCUUUCCAUUUGGGCUCUUAGACCGAUCUGUGGAGGCGUCACUAACUGAAGGCCGUGUUUGACCUCACUCUUUUCCUGCAGCCGUCUUGUAUCGACAUGCAGGGAUGAUUACAGGCUUAGAUACUUAAGCCUUUAGAUAAUGGAGGCAUCUAAUGUGUUAGGGGAGCUUUUUUAAGGAAAUCCUGCCAGUUUACCGUCCAAUCAAACCAUUUUAAACUGUUAGAAAUAAUACUGGGAGGUAUUAUUGCUGCUCUGGAAGUCAGGAGCUUGGAUCUGGAAACCUCAAACCAAAGUGUUCUAGUCAUUUUUGUGUUGCAGAAAUAUUGGCAAUUGAAAUGUUUUCAAUUUUAAUAAAGCAUGCUGUCAUUUUAUGACCGCUUAUAGGAAAUGGAAAAUAAGAAAGUCAGUUUUAAAAAAAAUCUCUGGGAAGGAGAAAAUGAGUAAACUCUGGAUUGGUUCUCAAUUAAAAUGGCUAAUUUACAUGAAGGUACGGAAGCCCUGAAGGGAAAUUAGACAAAAAAUAAAUAAAUCAAGAUUAAACACUUACAUUUUUUAUUUUUUAUUUUUUUUUUCCCACCAAGGCAAGUGGAAAAAACAAUUUUAGGGCUAAUUUCUGUAAUUGUUUUUGUAAUACUUUGUUUUACCACUAGAGGCACUAAGGUAAUAACACAAACCUUCUCCAAAUGAACUCGGAGGCCUGGUUUCUGAUAAUCAAUUUCCCAAUUUCUUAAUUAGAUUUUUGCAAAGUGAAAUAAAAUACAGUGAAGGUACAGACACUUUUUAAAUACGUGGUUAUCAUAUUGACCUUGUGUAUUUAUAAAGUAACGUAGAACUAAAUGGAUAUUAUCUGUCGGACUGUAUUUCCCAAAUAACUUUAAGCCUUUACUGAGCGCAGGUUUUAUCAUAACUUGUCACAAUGAAUUAGACAUGGGUGUAAGAAAUCAUGUGGGAACACUUUGAAUAUGAAUGCUUUGAUGAAUAUAUGUACGUAUUAGUUAAUUCCUUUAUAUUUCAGCUAUAACAGCUAAAUAAAGUCACUGGAAAAACCUAAACGGUUUUUGAUAAACUGGGAAACAACACUAGAUCUCUUAGUCUAUUUUGUUUUAUAACUACCUGAAAUGUUUGCAGCAACUAGUUUUCCAUAAGAUGCUGCUUAAAGCAAUGCUAAUUUACUUUCAGUUUUGGUUGAUUUUGGCUCCCCCCAGUGGACAAAAGCUGUGUUUUGCUUGAAGGAAGACAACAUUUCCCACGAGGAAGAGCCCAUAGGCCG